AGUGAACAACGUUUCUGGACAUUCUGCUCUCGGUACCAUGAGAUUUCUUUGACAUUUCCGCGAUCUUUGUUGCAAUUCCCUUGUAAGGGACAAGCAUGGCGACUGAGAAAAUGGAUGUUAACCAUUCCAGUUGUCCAGAUGGAGAUGGGAAAGCCAAGAACAGCCAGUGGGUGAAAUUAAAUGUUGGCGGGACCCUUUUUAUGACGACGAGGACGACGUUAUGUCGAGAUCCCAAGUCAUUUCUCUACCGCUUGUGUCAGGAGGAUCCAGAUUUACACUCUGAUAAGGAUGAGAAUGGUGCUUAUCUUAUAGACAGAGAUCCCACUUACUUUGGACCAGUGCUAAAUUAUCUACGUCAUGGUAAACUGGUCAUCAACAAAGACUUGGCAGAGGAAGGUAUCUUAGAAGAAGCAGAAUUCUAUAAUAUUACAGAUUUAAUAAAACUAGCCAAGGAGAAAAUUCAGGAAAGGGUAGCUAAACAAAACCAGUCACAUAUGAAGAAUGUUUACCGAGUUCUACAGUGCUCAGAAGAAGAGCUUACACAGAUGGUUUCAACUAUGUCAGAUGGUUGGAAGUUCGAACAGCUGGUAAAUAUUGGGUCACAGUACAAUUAUGGCAGCGAGGACCAUGCAGAGUUCCUCUGUGUAGUAUCGAAGGAAUGCCCUAACAUUGUGAAUGGGCCUGAUAAUGAACCGACUGACCGAGCUAAGGUUUUGCAGCAGAAGGGGUCAAGAAUGUGACGAUUAAAGUGAGCUUGUUUAGUAGGACAGAUGCUGGCAGAGAAAUUUGUAAUGAGAUUUAUAGCAAAGCUCAAUCUGAUCAUUAACAGAUCUUGUGUGGUCAGUCACUGUUAUUCUGAAGAGUCUGGAGACUUGCUGAGAUACGACAGGCUUUGUAUGAAAAAGCAACAUCUGUACACUUGAUGAACUGUAUAUUGACUACAUAGUUGGUAAAGCUGAGUGAGAGGUUAGAUCACAUGUACAAGUACUCUAGAAUAACUUUGUAAAUUAUACUGAUCGCAAGCUCGCCAUUUUGUCCCUAGAACAUCUUUUUUUUGGGCAUAUCUAAUGUGAGCUAUAUUUAAAUGCACAUCACAUAUGGUCUGUUGUUGGUAAGGUUGAGCUGAGCCAUUGAACCAGCUACACCUGAGUAAUAGAACUUGAGGUGCAAGAGGAGGAGACAAGAAACCGUCUCUUCAUUCUUAAGGAAGGGACAUAGUGUGAGUUCUUGGAGGAGGACAACCAAUAAGAUGGAAGUAUGUCAAAUGACGUACAAAUCUUGGCUGGAGCAUGUGCAUAUCCCGUGGAAUUGAGAAAGCUGUGUACACUGAUAUUAUUAUACUCUAUUCAGAACAAGACUUAAAAAUAUCCAGAUCUCUAUUUGCAGAUAACCUGUUCUGUUGUUUGUGGACAUGUUAAGUGGAUGUAACUACGCUAUCUUGUCUACCGUAUAUGUCCAUGUGUCAAGCUUUAGUCAUGUGUCUGCCAUGGUGUUUACCUGACAUGUAAAUGUUCCAGGUAUGUUAUGUACCAAACUCUCAGAGAGACUGUGGUGUUUCACUGUCAAAUUCCAGCAGAGAUUCCUUGUUGUCAGUGACCUGUUUGUUGAUCCAUGACAUGUACACUUGUAGGGACACGUAGGAGUGUUUUGUCUGAAAUGCACUCAAGCAGACACAUUUUACAGCAUUCGACUGACUGACUGACAAUGUCCAAGGGCACAAAAAGUGGUGCUUACUUGAAGAGCUGGAUUUGAUUUAAUAUGAACAGCCAUGGAUCUCAGAGUGUCUUUCAUUCCAUUAUUAUAAGUUUCUUUGUAUUCGUGUUGCAUAUUUUACACUAAAGGGUUCCAAAAAGAUGACACACUGACCGUGAUUUCCGGUCAUUACGAAACUAACAACCAUUAACACCAUUAAGAGUUGGAUGCAUAAUAAAAAUUUAUUAAGCUCUCUCAUGCAUUUCAACACCUUCAGUAUGCUCAUACACAAGGAACUCAAAAUGUUCCUUGUCCUGAAACUAAGUCACUUGGAUACAAAAUGUACAUGUACAGCAUAUGCAUAUGGAGUGUAGACCAAAUGAUGGAAAAUGAUCCUACAUGUAUAAUCUUCUACAUGCAUUUCUGUGACAGAAAUCCUUUGUGUAGCUUUGAUAGACGUUAGCAGACAGUUUAGCAUGUGAUAUUCUAGUAGGCAUUAAUGAUUAAGUACAUGUACACUCAGAAGUGAUGAUAGGUGAUAUAAAUUUUCACAACAUUAAAAUAAGUUUCAUAAAAGCUGCCUAAUGAUUGGGAAUUUGACUUUAAUUUAUAAGUGAACUUUAAAGUUUCUAAUUAAAUUUUGUAGAGAAACUGAUGAGUAACUGUUUAAUAAGAAUGCUAGUUACUGGUACCUGGCAUCUGGAUCAGUGUACAUAGGUUCACAGCAAUCACCUUCACAUGUCAAGACUUAAUACAUUGUAUAAAAUUAAAUACAGCAUUUCUAAACUUGUCUUGCUUGCAAAGAUGUUUUUCCCGAAUAUAGGUUUAAACAGUGUUAGUUAUAUCCAGUAUUUUCUCUUUGAUGUGUACAUAUUCUGGUUUGAUACAUGUUUCUUUAUGUGUUGUGUUGUAUUGUAUGUAUAUAUGAGCAUUUUCAUAUGCUAGCAGAUGAUGUAUACUUGUACAUGUAUGUAUUCACUGUUAUGGAUUACAUGGUAGGCAGAUGUUCUAGUAUAUGUUAUCCAUCAAAAGUAAGACAUUAUCUGUUUCUGUACAGACUAUAGUGAUUUUCAUACUUGAUGUGAUGUAAGUGAAGCAGCAUCAGUUAUAUAGAUGCACAGAGUGGAUGAUGUUCAAGACUAAAUUGAGUGAAAAAUGGACUGCUUUUCAUGUGUGUGACAUGCUACAUAACUUCAUAACACAUGUUUGUCAAUCAGAAUGUCUCAAUUCAUUACCAUCAAUGUUUUCUUGAAAAUGCCAUUGUUUUGGUUUGAAACCCAAAUGCUGAAUAUUUAUAUGUGAGAAAAAGGAACAUGCAUAUAUGUAACAAGUGUGUAAGGAAAUGAAUAUACGUAUCUACUUGGUUAUGUUUUCAUUUGUUACUUGGCUAUAUUGUAUGCUACUUCCAAGGUUCAUAACCCCGAUACAUCCCAAAUAGGUUCAGUCAAUGUUAUUCUCCAAGUACAUAUCUUUUCCCUAUAUAGACUAGACCUAUGUGUACACUAGUUGUGAAGGUAAAGUGAUAUUCUACUUGCGAAAUUAAUAGUUGUUCUUGAUGAGUUGCAGAUAUUGUUUGUGCUAUUUCACUAGUUCUGUAUCAAUAUUGUAUUUAUUAUGUUGGUAUUAUAGGGUGACUACUGCAGUACUGAUUUGUUAAACUAUGAAAUCGUCUUGUGUUUCACUUGCAAUAUUUGUAGUUUAAACUGCUUAUAUCAUGGAUAUGUAGUAGUAGGUUGUGUUGUCUCCGUCCUUCCAGUAAUAUGAGUAAGCUAUAGACAGGCUGUACUGAUGAAAAAAUCUGAGUCAAUGUACACGAGAUGUACAGGUAGUAAGAAAAUCCUGAAUAACAUGCACAAGUGUAGGACGUCAGAGAUGUGGGUGUGCCUGUAAACCUUAUUUUAGCCAGUGACAUACAUUAAUUUUAUGAAGCUUAAGCUGUUUAUAGUUACAUGCACGUAAUUUUAUUUUACAUUGAAAACAACCGGGUUAUCGGUACAUGUAUGGGCGCAGAUUGAGUGACUUAACUGCAUAAUUAGAUGACUUCACAGAGUUUUCACAAUAGAAUGAAUUUUCAGAACAUGUCUGGGAGCUCUGUUUUUGAUAGUUACAGAUACUGUAGGGUACAUCUCUUCUUGUUCUGUUCGUAGAUAAUGCACAUCUACAAUGAAAAGAAAAAAUACCCUUUGAGUUUAAUGUAGAUGUAUGGUAUAUGUGUAGAAUAGUAAUACAUGUAUGUGUUAUGUGUCCAUUUGACUGUGGAUAGUGAGUUGUUAAAAUUUGGGGAAUUUGUUAAAAUUGAGGAAAUUUAAAUAAGCAUGACUGUAGGGUCUAAUGUUUCAAAACUUAGAUAUUUUUGAUUUAGGCAUAAUACACCAUGUGCAAAAAGCGUCGUUUUCUUGUUCAUGUGCAUAGCUGUCCUACUCAAUUUACAUAUUUAUUUGUUCUUUAUCAAAGCUAGAUGUAGUACUUGUCAUUCCAAAAGAAGAAAAAAGUUGUUUUUUUUAAAUAAGAUUACGUAUCUUUUAUAGUCAUCCCAAUAAGUAAGUGUGUCUGUAAGCAUUGUUUCCAUGUUGAUGUUUGUCAUCCAUUGAACAUCUGUAAACCAUAACUUUGCCUAACCAUACAAGUCAUUUUAAAAACAUUUGUAUUGACAAUUAUUUCAGGUGUAUCGUUAGAGAAUAGCUCAAAUUACUGUCACCCAGAAUAUGCAAAUAUUGUUGGCACUGUCUGAUGCUGCUGUGGAUUUUCUUCAUGGAUCAUACAUGUUACAUUGAGCCUAUUUCAGGGUCUACAUCUGUAUCAUGCUAUCAGAUUGUUGUGCCUGUCCUACUUAGCCUGUGCCUGUCCUACUUAGCAUGUGCCUGUCCACAUAUUAGAAUUAACUGGUACCAGUUACCAGGAACAUCAACUUGCAUUAAAGACAAUCAUUAUCUUUUUGAGGUACACAAGCAAAUCUUUUGCUUGUCGCAACAAACAAUAUUUUUAGCUGCAUGUGUGGUCUUCCCAAGAUACUGUAGGCCUAGAAGUAGUCCUAGUGAUAUUAUUCAUACAGUCCUUCUGCUCGCAUGUGAAUGGUCUGGUACAUGUAUUUGAUAGUCACCUUUGAAAUGGUACCAUAGCUCUGUGUAGGUUUUGUCAUAAAUGGUCUGUACAUGUAUAUGUUGUCAUCUAUAUAGUAUUCACUUUGUCAUGGCAUCUUCAACACACUACAUACUCCAUAUCAGAUCACCGUCUUGUAUAAGAAGUAUAUCAUUACCCAUGUCAUGCAAUCAACCAAAAAUCUAUAGACUAUAUGUGUAUAUGGUACAAUGUAUUUGUAUUGCCUGUGAAAAAAUUCCUGAUCCUUAAUCUAAUCUACAUGAAUUGGCAUUCUUAAAGGUUUACUAUUCUUUGUACUAGUACAGUCAGUUGUAUGUAUAUCAAUGAAUACAAUUUCAAAACUAUCUGCCCACCUGUCUUUUUAGCUUAUACCUCUUACAAGGUUCUUUGUUAUAUUAAAUGUUACGAUAAGUACUAUGAGA